AUGUGUGUGUUUCAAAGAUCUCUUUGGACGAGCUCUAGGCUUUUAAAGAGAAGACCAGUUAAAGAUUUUCUUUCGCUUGAUGAAUGGUUAUUUAGAAAAGAGGUAUUUAAACUUUAUCGUAAUGUAGUGAGAGCUGCUUACAAGACACAUCAAAGAAAUGAAUUAUUAGCAUAUGCCAAGGCUGAAUUCAAACAGAAUAACAAUGCAUCUGAAUUGGCACAAAGAAAAUACUUGUUGAAUAUUGGAACUAAACAUUUUGAAGAUAUGAGUAAAAGCAUAGGAUUGGGAUCCUAG